AUGGCACUCGAACGCCGGGCCGCCAUCAAUCUCCGUCCCACUUCUGACGACGGCUUCGCUCGAUUGCUCCGCGCUUGGUAAUCUUUUCGGAAACUUUCCACAUUUUCAUUUUCUUAACAGAUAGCUGAGAUAUUGCUCCAAAAAGUACCUUAGUAGGAGAUCCAGGUUUUGAUUCCUUUUCGGCUUAUUUUGUAUUGUUUGUUAAUUUUUUAUUAUGUAAAAAAGACAAUUUGUCUUAUUCAUAAGUUUCUAACUGAAUAAUGAUGCAUAGAUAAGAAAAUGUAAAUCAAAUUUAUUUUCUUUUUUUUUUUUUCAAGUCCAACAUAGCAUCGAUGAUACCAUCACUAGGUAGAUCAUAUUUUUUUAAAGUUACUACGCAGAUUUGUCAAAAAAAUUUUCAGGACAAUAAAAAUCAAAAAAAUGAAAUAGAAAGCUGUGCCGGAAAGGGGAUAAGUACGUGAAAAUGGGUAAGAAGAAGGAAAUGGCAGCGACGACAAGACUUCUGGGUAUGUUCUUACAUUUUUUCUUAUUAUUUCUUUUUUACUUUUUUUUAAAAUUGAAAUAUGAACUUGGAAAAAACAAAUAAGUAAAAAAAAUAAUUCUAUCGUGAAAAAUCUAUUUUGAAAAACGCUUUUAUGAGUUUACAAAAAAUAAAAUUCGGGGUUGAGGCCAAAUAUGAUCGCGCAGAAAUUGUUUAAUGGAUACCGUUUCUGAUUUUAGAGUCAUGCAGUGCAUUCUCAAUUCUAGUGUGGGCAGCAGAGAUGGCGCAGUGUGGGCCUGAGCUCGUGUGAUGAGUAAUCUAUAAAAAGAUUACCGAGUAAAUCGAUAAAGAUUCUAGAAAAAAAUCAAAGGAAAAAUAUUGAGGGAUUUUCUGUCAUCAAGAUUAUUUAUUAAACUUUGAAUGAGCAACUCUCAAACUUCGUUUUUUUUUUUUUUCUAAACCAAUUCCAUUAUUUAAUAUAUUUUCUUAAAGGAUUAAAAAUUCGAUUUUUUUCCACUAAUGAAGUUAAAUAGGCGCCGCUAUUUCUAGACCAGGGGCGUGGCUUGCCUCACCGUAAUUUUGUGCAGUGGCGCGCACAUGCUUACUUUUCCUCAGUCAUUUUUCUUUAUAUUUCUUCAUUUUUCAUUUUCUUAUUCAUAUUUCUUUUUAAGUAUUCCCAUUUGAUUUCAAUAUAACUCCUUCUAUUAUCUAAUUAAAUUUUUUUAAUUUUUUUGAAUACAUGGUUCUUCUGUCUUUAGUAUCGUAGACGAAUUUCUUGAGGCCGAAAAAUCGUUUUUUUAGUUUAAAUGAGUGUACGCCAUUGCGAAUAAUUUCAUUUUCGGGGUUCUUCUACUUUCCCAUAAAGAUUUUUUCGAGCCAUAAAAAGUGAGCUCUUUAUUUCGAUGAAAAAUCUCCUAUUUUGAUAAGUUCAGGCCCUUUUUUCUAGUUUCUUUUGAACACUUUGCGAAUGUGUCCAAAGUCCACAGGAAGAGGACUCCAACUAUUUGAUGAAAUCUACAUCGUCGACGACUACUUCUUUGGUCGAAUUAAAAAGUUUUAUAGUUUAUUUGCUUUUUUAUUAUCUCCGCGAAGCAUACACCGCUGUGGGAAGUGUAGCUACCGCAUGUAAAGAUUUAAAAAGCCUAAAUUCAUUUUCAGAAGGAAAGCAGAUAUGAUGAUUUUGCAGUUAACACGAUCUAUUUUGAGAUUUGUGUCACGACGGCUUCAUUUUUCCUGGAUUUGAACGAAUAACUUCGGUCCUCUGGUCAUGCGCGUCAUUUACCUUCAUCUCCAUGCAAAAAUCUUGACGCUGUUAAGCGAUUCUAUCUGAAUUAAAGAAAAUUCCCUAUUAAAUAUUAUGUUCAAGAUACACAAAAGAUAACUGGCUAUUCGGGUGUGAUAUAAAACCUAGUUCGGGAGCGGUACAUCGACAAUCACGCAAAUAUUUAAAUAUCGUCUCCGCGCGGAUCUCGCAUUUAUCUCGCUUUUUUAACGAACUAGUAAAUAUUUGAAUAUUUUCAAAUCGCGAUGUUGCGCCAAGAUAAAUGCGAGGCCGCUUCUAAAAAAAUGCGAGACCCGCGCGAAGACAUAGCGACAUGUUUACGAAUUCGUCAAUGUACCGCCAGCGAGCUCGGCAGUUCUUCUCAGUGUACCUCCAAAUGUUUAAUAGAGCACAGUCAAAUUGAAUAAAAGUAAUUGGUGCAGUUUUCAGUGUUUUUUAGGCCUUGCGAGAUUUAUGCCUCUUCAAAGUUUUCGAGUUCUACUUGACAAUCCUUUACUGCGUUAUAAUUCGAGAAAUUUCGCAUAUACCCUAAACUUUUGACGCGUCUUGUUUUUCGGUUUUAUUGGGUCGCGUUGCCAUAUAGAUUCGAGUUCGUCCGAGAUUUUUUUCGCACGGUAAGUUCUUUCCGUACACUCAAAAAGUCUUACGCUGGUAGAAUAUUCUUAACUCAUUUCUAAAGUAUGGAAUUGCGCAACUUAUUUGGAUUCCUAUGCUUAUUACGCGCAGUGUAUAAUAAUUUGAAGAAUCCAAAAAAAGUGAUUAAAAUAGCUGAAUUUUUUUGAAUUUGUUCGUCAAUUUUUCUCCACCAACAAUUAGAAAACUAAUAAUUGUGAAGCAAUGAAUAAAUGCUGCUCCACAUUUUUUUGCAGAAUGAUUUCAAAGAAAGUACUUGAGAAGAACCAUAUCUUCGAAAAAUUAAGAAAUAGAAGGAGUUAUAUUGAAAUCAAAGGGGAAUACUUAAAAAGAAAUAUGAAAAAAAGAAAAAUGAAAAAUGAGUAUAAAGGAAAUGACUGAGGAAAAAGUAGGUAUGUGCGCGCCACCGCACAAGGUUACGGUGAGGCAAGCCACGCCCCUGGUCUAGAAAUAGCGGCGCCUAAGUUAAAUGAAUCUUUUUGCGCUAUUUUCAACAAGUAAGUAACGUAAGAAAAAUCGUUAAGUCUGGUUCAAAUCAAAUUCUUAUUUUAAAAAAAUCGAAUUAAGAAAAAAAUUAAACAGAAACAAAUCGAAUAUCCAUUGAGAAACGUAAUAAUUUUGUUAUCAUUUUAGUUAAAAAAAUGAAAAAAAAAUGAUGAUAAAUAUAGAAUCAAUCUGGCUUAUCGGAAAAGACAACAAAAUGACACUGUGAAAAAACAGAAAAAAUGCAGAAGAUUUUUGGCAAAUUGCGUUUACCUAAUCGCUUUUCGUAGACCUCGGAGCAGCUUCGGCUAGGUUUUCCCUUUCUUAUCUUUUUGCAAACCUUUUUCGCGAGUUUUCCCGCUUUUGUAACCUUUUCUGCAAUAUUUCUCGUCAAACUCGUCGUAGAGAAGACUGAAAGAUUCCAAGGCGCGAUAAAAUAUUGAUCCUUGAUUCAUUUAAUUAUCUAUUAAGACGUUUAAUGAGUAGAAGAAGAAAUGACUUGCGAGAUGCCUAAGACUUUUUUUAACGCAGUUGCGAGCUCUUGAGAAUCAGGAGCAGAGAAACUCACUUCUUCUUCAUUUUGCGACUGCUUUGGGGAUUCUCGUCAGGCAAAUACACACACACACACACUUUUGGGCCGCGGCGCAUCUCAUUAGGCCUUGAGGGAAGGGCGCUAAACGAGUGGAGAAAAAUAAUUUUGCGCCGCCUCCACACGUCGCUUUUGCCUCUAUCGCUAGCAUAAAAAUUCUUCAUUACCCUGAAACUAUGUUCGAUUACGAAGACUUUUUUCAAGUUUUAUGGUAUUUUUCAAAAGAGUUGUGGAACUUUGCCGUUAUGAGCGAUUCUUUCUGAACUUUUCUUUCCAAAAAUCGCUUUCUCUUUUUGAAAGAAGAGUUAAAUCUUAGGAGAUUUAUUGGAGGGGUGUUGCGCCUCGCUUCUGCACAUCCAGCACCCAAGUAUCGCCUUUCACCUCUUGGAAACUUCCAUUCGAAUUUUCUCUUGAUGCGAGUUUUCAAUUCUGCAGAACGUCAUAAAAGAACGACAGUCAGUUAUCGCGACGCAUUAUUGCUCGGAUGAACUCCGUCCCUCGGGGACUUGGUCUCACUCAUCUCUGUACUUUCCUUCUCCACUUGCUCAUUUAAUGUGUCGCAACAAUUUUCCAACAAAACUCUGCUCUCUAGCAGCUCAGUUCAGUUUUUUAGCAAAAGGUUGAGAAGUGUCCGAAGAGUGGUACUUUUCUUGUUUUUUUUUUCGACGAAAUUCGAUGUUCUUUAACUUUGUCUGUGAACUCUCCGAUCCUCGAUGACAUGCCACUUUGCGUGGACUACAACUGCGCAGAAUCAUUUAUUCUCGGAAUAGACUUUGUCUUUUUUGUUUGCUUAUUGAAUACUCGGCAGAAUCUUCUUCGUUGGCUUCCUUUUCGACUUGACCGCUUUUUCGGCGCCAUCCAUCAGUCGGCCGCCGUUCCGCUCCUACUCUUCCUGCAAUACUUUGGUCCGUCGUUUUCUCGCCUCAACGCUAAUUCUUCUCUAUCUGCGGCUUAAUCACCCUCGAGCUUUUUUUUUGUCCACUUCUCGGGCCUAUGCGUGCGAAAGAACACUCUAAAAAGAGAAGUUUAGCUCCAGUUUUGAUCGAACAUCAAAAAUUUUUUUUGAAGGUUUUCUCUUUUUUUUUCUCUACUGAUUGUUUAAAUCUUUCUUAUCUUGGAUAGAAUAUGUUCUUAGAUACAGGUUAAAAGCGCAAAUAAUCCAGAAUGAAAUUUCAUAUCUAGCAAAAAAUCAAAAUAUAAUUUUUGAUAAGUUGCAAGAACAUAAAAUUCAGAGAUCUUGCUGAAAUUUCUGAAGCCGGUUUAAGAAAUAAUAAACUUUUGAUUAUAUAGAAGAUUUUAUUUCCGGUUUUAUGUUCUAAUAUUUCUUUUCUACUUAUUCACGUCUUCAAUUUUGCAGAAGUUUUUGACUAUUCCAUGUUUGCAAAAACAAAAAAUUUUUGAGGAAGUUCAUCGAAAGGCGUUCCUCAGAACCUGAAUCAGUUUGCAGGUCUCUCGGCGUGCAAAGCGGCUCUUCCGGCGACGAUGCUGGCGCGACGGCGGUCGUCGGUGGCCGCAGUCGCGGGCGUCUCUGUCGCCGCGAGUGCCGUCGAGCCUCCGCGAAACGAACGUCGUCGUCGCGGCGAGUCCAUCAGCGCCCUCACCGAGAUGAUCAACAUCGAACCCACCAGCAUCAUCAACAAAUCUUCCGGUUGCGUUCUUUUAUUGCGAAAAAAAAAAAAUCAAAACUUCUUUAUAAGUUAAUUAAAAUGUUCUUGAACUUCACAUGAGCUCAUAGCACGUGAAAACUCCUUUUCGAAAGGUUUUAUCAUCAGAUUUGCCGCAUCAACUGUCAAAAUUGGAAGAGAAAGAUAUUAUGAAGUACGUGAAUUUAAGCUAGAAAUCUCUACACGACCGGAAAUUCGGCUCACCAAUUUUGAGACUCAUGGCUAGCAGAAUAAGUCAGAUUUCUGUUUAGUAUAGUUCCCACUGACGAAUUUAAACUCUUGUUUGAAAUUCAGUUGGAGGUUACUGAGCUUCAAGUUUUACUUUCAGCCCUCAAUAUUGUCUUUCGAACUCAUUAAUUCAAGCAUAAUAUCAUACUGGAAACUCUUUAUGACGAUAGAGGAUCAUUCUGAACCUCAAACUAGAAUAUUUUUAGAAGAUUUUUCCUUCUUAAAUUGUCAUCUUUUUUCGAAGAGUACUUUAUUGUUUUUGGAUAGUUGUCGACACCGAGUUGAAUUAAUUUUGCCGAAUGUCUUCAUGCGUUUCGAAACAAAAAUAGGAAGGAAUAAUUUUUCAAUGAAGUUGCCAAAUGUUAUCAUGUCCAUUUUCCGUGUAAUGUGAUAUUGAAGUAAUGUUUUAUCGGGUUAAGAAUUGCUGAAGAGCGGCAGAAUGAGAGACGUCGUGCGGAUCGCGUGUCUCCUCUCGAUGAUUUCUGUGUGUGUUCACACGCCGGAGACGAUAGCCAUUUGGCCGCCGUCCAACUACGUGAUCCUCGUGAACGACCUCCUGGUCACGCUCAUCUUCUUCGUCGAGGCACUCGUCACUAUCCACAGCAACGGCCUCUGGGAUGUCCGUUCUUCUUUUCAUAUAGAUAGUUUACUGAAAGAAACCUGAGAAUGUUGUAAAAUCAACAUGGACUGCCUUAAAUUUUCAACUUGGACUUCCCAGCUCACAAAGAAGCGCUCUUUGGAUAAAGCAAAAUGUUGAAUUUUUUUUUAUCUUUGGUUUUUUUAAAGUCCAAAUUGGUAUGAAAGUUUUUGAAAAUGGAAGUGAACAUAAAAAAAAAAUAAUAAGAAAAAAGAUUUUUUUUUUCCUUGCCGUUUUGAGUUAGGGCUCUAGGUAAACUUCAGCCUUCCGUUCAAAAACUCGAGAAAUUCUCUUUUUAUUGUGAAUCAACUUCAACGAGAAUUGAUCUUAAUUUAUUUUUACUUUAACGAAUUUUUUUCUCGCGUUUCAUUAUUUAAAAAAAUCUUUUUUUAUCUUCUUUAAACGCUUUUUCUCACACGUGAAAAAAUGGCGCCAUAAAAAAAUUACAAAAGCUAAACACUAAAAAGUUAAACAAUCUUCAUUUUUUUUAAUUUCAAGGGAAUCGCCGAACUUCUUAAGAGUUCAGAGUGCAAUAACUACUCGGCUUCAACAUAUUGAGAACGCCAACUGAAAGCAAUUCUUCAGGGCUCUUCGUCAUACUUGCGCGACCGCUGGACGCAGUUCGAGUGCUUCAUGUUGCUGAUGCACGUCGUUUCCUGCAAAGUGCACAUCUACGAAAUGUGCACUAUCUACUUCUCUUCUCUAAAUCUGAAGGUCUGAUCAAAUGUAAUAUCUCCUCUUGAACCUCCCAUUCAAUCUACAGUACACUCCUUGGCUGAGUGCCCUACGUUCUCCUCGUCCUUUUGUCAUGCUCAGGUUCAUCCGCUCUUUGAUACGAUUCGAACUUCCGAAAAACCGAAUCAAACAGAUAAUCAAGUGAGGGAGAUUCCAUUACUCCGGAACGCGGUUUUUUUUUCUGAUUUCAGAAGAUCAUCUCGACAAAUUCAAAAUGUCGCAAUUUUCUUCAUGUUCUUCGUUUUUUCAUACGCGAUAAUGGGUGUUCAGUUGUUCGGUAACUUUAACCUUUUUUUUGUCUACCUGGUAAAAUUGAGGGCUCCAGUAGAUCAUUUUCAACUUUCAUAAAAAAAAACCAAAAACAAUGAAGAUUUCACUUAUGAAAUUAAAAAUGAUAAAGGGCAAAUGGAACUAUAUUUCGAUUCUUAAUAGAUAAAUCUAUAGAAUAAGCUUCCCAUAUGGAAUUUCUUUCAGUUUCAUGGCACUGGUGAAUCGAGAGGUAGAUACAAGUAUGUACCGGAUAGCAACUCAAGUGAAUCGACGAAUCGUAAUCGGUGGUCAUUUGUAUGCGACCGGGUACUAUCUCUAUGGUACCUGGAUAGUACCUGGUCGGUAUCUGGAUGCUACCGGGUAUGUACCUGAAAUUCGCGAUUGCCACUGGCUGGCACAUCGGUCGUUUAUAUAGCAUCAGUGUUUUUUUACACCUUCCCAAGCCUUCCAGGGUCCUAUUGGAUAAAGCUGAAACAAAAAAUAACGAUCCGGGAAGCGAUUCCAGACUUUCCGGUAGCAAUCGCAAGUGUCAGGUAGCUACCCGGUAGCUACUUGCAUCGACCUCCGACCCAGGUACCAUAGAGGUAGUACCCGGUCGCAUACAAAUGACCACCGAUUACCAUACGCCGAUUGACUUUUUCAAAAGUUGCUACCCGGUAGCUAUUUGUAUCGACUUCUCGAUUCAUCUUUGUAGAGAGUAAUUUCGAACAGUUGCACAUAAUUUUUGAAAUAUUGAACUUUUUCAGUCUUGAAAAAAACUUAUUAUUGAGAAAAAAUGCGGUUAAGUUAAGGUUUUUGUAACUUUUGUCGGGGGAGCGCAAUAAAUACCAGACUAUUCCGCUAACGGGUAGCGAUUUUUUGCAGCUCGUUUUUCUGAGCUGAUUUUUCAUCGGGAAUUUUUUCGAUGGCUUUUUCUUCUUUGUUUUUUACGUCUUGUAAUCAAAUAAUUUGGCGCAGGAAGGCUGAACUAUCACUGUGUUGUGAACGGUACUGAUCCGAAAAACGUGACUAUAGCCGAUCUGGCGAUUCCAGACACGAUGUGCUCGGAGAAAGGCGGCGGUGAGUCAAGAGAAAGAAAGGAAAAAGAGAGAGAAAUGCAGGAGGCUACGAAUGUCCUGACAAUAUGGUGUGUAUGCGACUGCAGCUCAGCGCCCAGGACGAAGGCCUCUACGGACAGUUCAGCGACUUCGGUCAGUCUCCCAGAAGACCUGCCUCACGUAUUUUGCAGCCUCUUCUCUUUUCACUGUCUACAUGGCGGCCUCGCAAGAAGGCUGGGUAUACGUCCUUUACGACUGUCUCGAUUCCCUGCCCAGCGUCGUCGCGUUUCUCUACUUUGUCACCCUCAUUUUCUUCCUUGCCUGGCUCGUCAAGGUGCUUCUAAAAGGAGAUUUGCGACGAUUUCUGAUUGCAGAAUGUGUUCAUCGCUGUUAUCACAGAGACUUUCGCUGAGAUUCGAGUUCAAUUCAGCGAGAUGUGGCAGAACCGCGAGUCGACCGCCGAACAGACCUAUUCUCAGGUUUUCUUUCUCAAAGUUCAAUUCAGAUAGGGAGUAAAGUUUGAUGAGAUGAAACGCGAUCAUUCGAUUUAAUUAAAAGAAAAAAAUGUAUCAUAUUAUUGUACUUUUAAGCCCGCUUUUUCAAACCAGUUUUUGCAGAGACUGGAGAAAGGAGAGAACGGCUGGCGUUUGGUGGAAGUGGACAAGUACGCGAGGAACAACGGCUCGUCUUCCUGGCUGAACACCGUCGUCACGUCGACCCUCUUCCAGACCGCCAUGCAGCUGUUCAUUCUGCUCAACGCCUUCUUCCACGCCACGUUUGUCUUCAAACACGACGCCUCGGACCAGCCACGCAAGGUCCUCUACUACUACGUCGAAGUCGCCUUCACCGUGCUCUUCAACGUCGAAGCUUUGGCCAAGAUCUGGGCGUUUGGAUGGCGCGGCUACAUUCGACGUGGUCAGCACAAGUUUGAUUUCAUCCUCUGUCUAGGUCAGUUUUGCUCCUUCGCACCUCAAAUCUUCAGUUUUUGAAGGCUCAUCCUUGAAUGCCGUGUGGGUCCUUUAUGAAACCAACGUCUUCACCUACUUCCAAGUUUUCCGCAUCGCGAGGCUCAUCAAGGCUUCUCCAAUGCUCGAAGACUUCGUGUACAAGGUCAUCCCAGUUUCAUCAUCAUCAUCCCUGAAGGUUUCAGAUUUUUGGGCCGGGUAAGAAACUCGGCGGACUUGUGAUUUUCACCGGAAUCUUACUGAUAGUCACUUCUGCCAUAUCGCUACAGCUCUUCUGCUACGUGCCCAAUCUAAAGAAGUUCACUACAUUCCCGAUGGUAUUCUGCACUUUUGUAAAAGUAUAUAUAGUGCUUCAAACGCUGAAGGCAUUCAUGACCAUGUUCCAAAUAAUCACACAAGAAGGUUGGACAGACGUCGUAGUCGAAAUCCUCCGUGCGACUCACGAGUCCGCAGUUCCUUUCGUCGCCAUUUAUUUCGUCGGAUAUCAUCUUCUCGUCACUCUGGUUUUUUCACUGUCUUUCUAAUCAAUGAUAGUUUUUCAGAUUGUGUUGAGUUUGUUCGUUGCUGUCAUUCUUGAUAACUUAGAAAUGGAUGAAGAACUGAAGAAAGUCAAGCAGGUCAAAGCUCGUGAGCAGGUUUUGUUUUUUGCUUCUUUUCAAGGAUUAACGUAACCACUUGACUGACAGAAUGCGAUCAAGCCAACACUGCCGCUUCGCUUGCGUAUUUUCAAUCGUUUUCCUACAGCGCCGCAGAUGAUAUCCUUGAAAAAAGUGAGCACGACGGGGGUCUUCGAAAUCGACGGAAAAAAUUGAGGUCUCGUCGGACUUUCCUUUGCCCAAGAUCCGAGACUCGUUCACACGGCAGUUCGCAGACGACUGCGACGUUUGUGUCGACCUCGAUCAAGGUACUUCUAUGACUCUGCAACGAGCUUUCUCGUCAUUUCAGAUCAAUGGCGCAGCGUUUUCAACACGCCGUCGGGCAUCGGAAAGGCCAAGACGAGCAUUCGCCACGUCGGCCAGCUCUCCAGCAAGUCCAUUGUGUCUUCCAUGUUGCUGUACGUGCAUUUCGCUGUCUUCUAACUCUUCUAAAAUGAAAAAGGGGCAAAAAAACAAGGAGUCGCUUCUCUUUCUAGCGUUUUGCGUCGCCUUCAUUUGGUUGUCAAAAAUUUGAUAUUCUUCAAAUAAAGUUCUCUUUCAUCUGUUAAUAGUUAUAUUUUUAAACAGCUAUUUUUGUCAACUGACAUUUCUUGAACUCAAAUUUCCGUUCUGUAUUUGUUUGAUAGACCCUUUUUUCCGAGAAAUGUUUCCUUCCAGAAAGAUUUUUUAUUCAACCUUGUUGUUCAGAGAAUCCAACAAGAACAGGGCGCUCUUCUCCGAAUCCAACCAGCACAUCGCCAGCUUCGCCAGAUCCAACACAAUCAAACCCAAAAACGUAGUAAACAUGUAGGCUUCUCUUCAAAAAGUUCCACUUCGCCUAUUUGAAAGUUUAGGAGGACUCGCUCUCGUGGUCUUGCGUCUUUGAAAGGAAAAACUCAGCUCAUUGAGGGUUUCAAGGUUAUUUGAUUCUGAAGUAAACUGACCGAUGGUUGAAGCAGGAAAACGGCGACCUCCGAGCAGACGACUCGGCGCCCAAAAAUGAGAAGAAUGGGGAAAUCGACAUCAAAGCGUUGCAACAGAAGCGCGCUCACGCAGAAAUCACUAGGUAGAAACAGAAAAAAACUGUUUGGGGGAGACUGACCAGGGAAUGGUCUCAGCUCACAGUGGGACUUCUGAAAGAGACCAUUUUUUCUAGAUGUAGUUUUUCACGCUGAUUCCAAAUCCGUUUUCAAAAGCUGCCACCGAGGUCUGUGAAAAAAGUUAUGGACCCUCAAAAGUCGAAAAUUUCAUAGUCUCCGAUCGAGCUCAUUUUUAGAGGGUAUAUAGUCCUUGUUUCCCUUGUCACGAUAAACCAUCAAAUUUUUUCAAAAAUUGUUUGUGAGCCAAGAUAUGAGCUUCCAAAGCCCCGCCGCACACAAGAGAAUGCGCGCGCGGUGUCCUAUUGCGAUCCGACGGCUGUCGAAGCAACGGCAGCGAGGAGCAGUGGAAAGGCGGCGGACUGGGGAGCACGAGGUCAUAGGUUCGGUCCCCACGCUGUGCAAACUUUUUUUGCAAUUUUUUCUUUUUUGGAUAUUUCCGUGUAAGUGCUCCUUUUUUGAGUUUUGAAGCGUAGAAACAUGAAAACACUGCGUUUUGAGCCUAUUCGAACAGCUGGACUUCUUUUUGUCGCAAAUUUUUUUCAUAGAUUUUUUCGUGAUUUUCCAUGUGUAUGAGCAUGGGCUGGAGUGAGAAAAAUUUUUUUGGUUUUUCUUUUUGAAAGCUGGCUAUACGCAAGUUUUCAUAACUGCGCUGGUAGAAAACGCAGAGAUUUUUUUCCGGAAGUUUUGGCUCCGGUUUUUUUACUUACCACUCUACGAGAAGAAAAACUUUCAAUUUUAUUUCAGGGUUGUGGCUGAAAUUUCCGAGGAGGUUUCUUUUGACUCAUAAAUAAAAAAUUCAAAACAAACUCCCCACAAAAAUGUUUCGUUCAAUGUGAUUCCUGAAAAUUCAUAGUCAGACGGCAAAAGGCGACGGUCAUAGGUGAGCCCACUGCAAAGCACGAAGAGUUUAUUGAAGAAAAAAACUUUUUUUCUGUGUUCGACAAGCGUAACUAUGAUGACUUGGGGUUAGACAAUAUUUUGAAGAAGGAAAGAUAAAAAAAACCAAAAAAAUUUUUCUGAAAAUUUUCUCACUCCAGCCCAUGCUCAUACACAUGGAAAAAUCACGAAAAAAAUCUAUGAAAAAAUUUGCGACAAAAAGAAGUCCAGCUGUUUCGAAUAGGCUCAAAACGCAGUGUUUUCAUGUUUCUACGCUUCAAAAACUCAAAAAAAGGAGCACUUACACGGAAAUAUCCAAAAAAAGAAAAAAAUUGCAAAAAAAGUUUGCACAGCGUGGGGACCGAACCUAUGACCUCGUGCUCCCCCAGUCCGCCGCCUUUCCACUGCUCCUCGCUGCCGUUGCUUCGACAGCCGUCAGGUCGCAAUAGGACACGCGCGCAUUCUCUUGUAUUGGCAGGGGCUUUGGAAGCUCGCGGCUCACAAACAAUUUUUAGCUAUCAUAAAAGCAAAGCUCGUCGAAAACAAUUUCGUAACACAACAGAAUCAGCGUGGCUACCCUAUGGUCUCUUUCAAUCCUGUAACUGAACCAGUAACAAACUAUGUUUUUACUUUGCGCCCAUGUUGAGAACGUUAGGAAACCAGAUUAUUUCUUGUUGUAACAGAUAAAAGUUUCAAUCUGCACAGCUUCCUUCUUUUCAAGAAACGAGAGCUCAAAGCCUGAGAAUCGGUUUCUUCAAGAUAUUCCGAUGGUUUUCUUUGAGAAUGCUUCAGAAUUUUGAUGAGUUUCUUCGACUACGAGUCGUCGUUUAUCGAAAAAUAUGAAGUUUUCGGGGCUAUUUUUAGGGAGUUCUCAACCGCAAUUUAGAGAUCAUUCUUAUGAGAAAAAAGGAAAUAAUUAAUAUGGGUUUUCAUCUUGGAAAUCAGUUUUUCGUGGUGGGUAUUUCUUCCCAGUGGGGGAACCAAAUUUUUAGAUUCUUGAUAAAAAAAUAAAAACUUGAACGAAUAAAGUGUUGAGGAACCGGAUAGAAGAAGAGAUGCGCGAGAACCAUCCUAUGUUCGAUCGACCGCUGUUUCUGGUCGGCCGAGAAUCUUCGAUUCGACAGAUCUGCCAGUACCUGGCUCAUGCUCAACAUUCAGCUGAUGCGGCUCAAGCCAGGAAACACGGCCAGCUGAAAUACAAGCAGCUACAGUAGGAUACGACUCCAUUCCCUCAUCGGGAACUUCUUUGCAGCGAUUUCCUCUCGAUCAUGACUUACCUCGACUGGUGGAUGGUGACUGUGACGUCACUCUCCUGCGGCUCGAUGCUUUUCGAGAGUCCCUGGCCAACUACUGGCGAAAACCUCAUUUUCAACAAUUUUUAUCUUCAGGUGGGCGUAAAUGUCAUUCGAAGCCACAGUGUCUUCAGGUGACCGAGUACUUGUUUGUUCUGAUGAUGAGCUUCGAACUUCUCGUCAAGAUCAUUGCUAACGGCUUAUUUUUCACACCGAAAGCCGUAGUCACAGACGUUGGUGACGUCAUGACAAUCUUCAUCUACUUUGUAAGCUGCUUCCAAUUAUACUUGGAGCACUGUGAACUUCCGAGUUUUAGUUUUGAAAAUCAUAGCGCUAGAUCUUCCGAAUAAAAUUUUUUUUUCAACGAACUUUCCCGCAGAAAAAAAAGGUGCUUUUCUCAUAGUUUUGAAAAAUUGAUUUUGCUUUUUUCCUAUAUCAGCUUGUCAAAAUGAUGAAAUGUUCUAAUUAUUACGGUAUUUCGUAUGGAGUAUCUAAUCAAAAGUUCAAAUAACGUUCUAGACGAGUGUGAUCUAUCUCAUUUUGAUGCCGCGACACGUGGAGAUCAACAGCUGGGCGCAGUUGUUGCUCAUCUGCCGGUAGGCUCGGAACGAACGUCAAUUUUCGAAUCAGAACUCAGGGCGAUGAGGCCGCUCCGUGUGUAUACACUCGUCCCGCACAUCCGACGCGUUGUUGUGGAACUUUGUCGUGGUUUCAGAGAAAUCCUUCUUGUAAUUUCGUUUCGCGACGAGGCUCCUGAUCAUUUUUUCAGGUGACGAUCCUCCUGAUAGUUCUGAUGUUCAUAUUCGCGAGUUUCGGAGUACAACUGGUCGGCGGGAAACUUGCCGCUUGCAAUGACCCUUCCAUCUCCACCAGAGUUUCCUCAAUUUUCGUUUUUUCUCUACUUUUGCUUUGUUUCAGAGCAACUGCACUGGAAUUUUCGAGCAAAAGCUUUUUGUGACGCGAAUGGACGUGUACGGAAAGCACUCAGACUACCUGCACCCGACAAUUGUCGUUCCUCGUGUUUGGUGAGGUUGCUGGUCGUUUUGAUCGACGACUGGUCGUUCAGGACCAACCCGAGGAACUUCAACUUUGACCACAUCGGAAACGCCAUGCUCGCCAUGUUCGAGACGCUUUCCUACAAAGGCUGGAACGUCAUCCGCGAUAUUCUCUAUCUUCGCCAUGGACCCGUACGUUUAUAUAUGAAGUAACCAAAAUCGGAAAAUCUUUCAUAGGCUAGCAUCAGACUCAAUAAAAUAGGUGUGAAUUUCACCAAAUCUCGGAAUCUCGCACUCCUCAUUUUCAUUCUUAUAAACAGUUCCGUAACUUUCUGAAUUUAUCUUCAAGCAGGCAAAUGGUAUCCUUCAAGGUAAAAUUUCUGCAUCUCUAAUAACUGAUCUGACUUCCACACACAUAGUAUCUUCAUAUUAAAAAGUAUAAUUAUUUGAAAAAUUUAACGUUUAUACCUCUAGAUAUAAUGAAGAACUUUCGAUUUCACAAUGGAAGAUCAAGUUAAAAUACAUCACAUCACUCCCUCGAGCUUACGUAGAUUUUGUACGCAUUAUCAAAAAAGUUGUCGCACAUUUCGAAAAAAAAAACAAUUUUCUUUUUACACAAAAUUUUCUGCUCGCCGAAUUUUUUUUGUUGAGUUAAUACCAAAAAGUUGUAGUGGGCUGUCGUUUUCAUCCACAUCUACGUUUUCAUGGGCUGCAUGAUAGGACUGACCUUGUUCGUGGGAGUCGUCGUUGCCAACUACACAGAGAAUAGAGUACUGGGCCCUUCGGAAACGGAAGAAUGAUGAAAAAAACAGGGGACAGCCUUGCUGACAGUGGAUCAGCGUCGCUGGCACGAUCUGAAAGCAAGACUGAAAAUGGCCCAGCCGCUUCACGUGCCGCCGAAGCCUCCGGAGAGUGCCAAACUCCGUUGCUACCUCUACGAACUCACGAUGAGCCGUUCUUUCAAGCAGGUACCUGCCAGUCGGCGAUUUUUGCUUCUGAAUGUCCACAGGCUUUCGCGGGCUUGGUAGUCGUCAACUCGCUGACGUUGGUCAUUCCAUGGAACGAAGGCGAAGAAAAGGACCGCAAGUUCGUUCUUCUUUCGCUGACCGUUCUUUCGGCGCUUUGCAGCCUCCUUUUCACGAUUGAGGUAAAAUAAAAUCCCUAUACAUUUUUUUUCAUUCGAGAAUUGUCUUAAUCCUGUGCGAAAGCUGCAAAUUUCAGAAAAUAACGCUGAAAGAACAAGGAUGUUAGGAAAAGUCGAUAAUUAAAUUUUAAAUUUUGCAGUUCUCUUGACAGGCUCUUGUUUCCUUGGUUUAGCUUUGGUAUACUGAGCUUAUUUGACAGCGCAUAUUACUGAUGAGGUUAUACUUUCAAACGGCAAGUUUUUCAGACCAUUCUAAAAAUGAUUGCAUUCACGCUGGCUGGAUUCUGGCAGAGUCGACGUAACCGCUUAGAUUUUUUCAUAACGAUUCUCGGCAUCACAUGGACCGUCUUUCACUUCUUGUUCCAACGUUAGAUAGCAAGGGUAGACUGCUAUGAGUUCUAUUUUGGUUUCAAGUACCUGCUCACUUUGCCGGAGGGAUACGAGAAUGGAAAAGACUGACCUAUACGUUUGGCUAUCUUGUCGCUAUUCUACGUUUCUUCACUAUUGCUGGUUAGUUAUGGGAAAAAACUGUGAUUUUUAUGGUUACAUGAAGGAUAAAAAAGGCUACUCCAUUUAUCUCAAUCCAAAAGCAACAUUGCAGGUAGGAAAUCCACCUUGAAGAUGCUGAUGCUCACAGUAGUGAUGUCGAUGGUUCGCUCUUCCUUCAUCAUCGCCGCAAUGUUCCUUCUCGUCCUUUUCUACGCCAACGCUGGCGUCGUCCUCUUUGGCAUGGUCAAGUACGGUCAAGCCGUCAGCAAGUAUCUGUUUCCUGAAUGUUCUCCCAAGGCUGAGAAUCUUCCAGACACGUCAACUUCCGGAAUGGCCGGGAAGCUCUGGUCGUGCUGUUCCGAAGUGUGACUGGCGAGGAUUGGAACGACAUAAUGCACGACUGCAUGGUACGUUCUGCUCAUUAAGACAGAAAAUUUCAAGUGGAAAGAAAUAUAGGAUUCAAUUAUUAUGAAGCGAGUCCUCGUUACUGUUUUGAAAAGGUUCAUAAUCAAUAUUUGGAGUGAAAUUUUGUUUGAUACCUUCUUUUUAAAAGCUGGUCUUAUGUUUAAAUGGGGGAAAAACUUGCAAUCCUGGUGAAGAUUUGAAUUAGCAGCCAUGUGGACGUUAAGUAUGAACUUUACCAGUUGAGCUUAUGUUGCUUGUUAUUUCAUUCCACUUGAAUCGAUUCAGAGAGCACCUCCAUUCUGCAAUUGGUCGCCUGGAUCAAGUUAUUGGCAGACCGACUGUGGGAACUACUUCGGCGCCAUUGUCUAUUUUUGCUCUUUUUACCUCAUUAUCACAUACAUUGUCUUGAAUCUUCUUGUCGGUCUGUCCGUCGGGCUCAAUUCUUGUUCUGAAAAAUUUCAUUUUCAGCUAUUAUUAUGGAGAACUUUUCCCUGUUUUACUCUAGUGAGGAGGAUGCUCUGCUCUCCUACGCCGACAUUCGCAAUUUUCAACUUGUUUGGAAUAUGGUCGACGUCGAGCAAAAAGUUUGUAUAUGUGGAAACAGAAUGGAAUUAUUUUCUUGAAGCGCUCGAUCCCGGUAAGACGCGUCAAAUUUCUUCUUCGGCUUCUGCGAGGACGUCUGGAGGUGGACGACGAAAAAGACGGUCUUUUGUUCAAGCACAUGUGCUACGAGAUGGAACGGCUUCACAACGGAGACGACGUCUCCUUUCACGACGUCCUCAAGUACGUCUCCUGUCACAUAUUUUUCCAAGAGUUCUGUUUCAAGUAUGCUGUCUUACCGGAGCGUCGACAUCCGCAAGAGCCUGCAACUGGAGGAAUUGCUGCAGCGAGAAGACCUGGAGUACGUGAUUGAAGAGGAAGUCGCGAAACACACGAUCCGCACUUGGCUUGAAAAUUGUCUGCGGUCGAUCAAGGCGCGUCAGAACAAUGCGGUUGCUUCUCCUAUCCCUUGUCAUAAACCUCUGCAAGUUCAGGGAGGCGAGCGUAGAAUAGCCAACGCGGCUUCUCACAUGUCGUUUUCGCACCCUGGAGAGGUGCCGACCAAGUCUAUAACUGUAAUGAAAGUUUUUUUUAUGAAGAAAAAUCAACGAUCUCAGAUAAUCGAUGACGUCGCUCCGCAAGAAGACGACAUGGAGGCUACAGACGGUAGUGGGAAGCGUCGAGUUCGCGGGAACAGCGUCUCGGAUGUGGUCGUCGGCAGCGGCAGCGAGAAGAAACUACCUCGAAGAGCCGAAAAAGGCAGCGAAAAACUGCGCGAAAGACGGGGCACGCUUCGUCAGAUGCAGGCGAGCCUGGCUUCGUGUUUUAGAUUGAACUUUUUCUUCAGAUGGGUACUUACGACGAGUUGGAGGAUGUCCAAGAGGACGUUGACGAGAGCAACGAUCCAAGGAGGCCUUCAUUGGAGUUUCCCGGUUAGUGCAGUUUUUUUUACUCAAUAGGAAUGUAAGAAGUUACUGAGAUUGGAAAGUCAACUUAGUUUUAUUGAUUUUUAUUACAAUGUAUAAUAAAAAUAAUAUAAUGCCAAAAAAAUCGAUUUAAAAAAAGGAUGUUUUUGAAAAAUUAAACUUAUUUGCUAACAUAAAAACCUAAUUGUUACUUUUUUUCCAUUACUCUUUUUUUGGAGUAAAAUUCGACUCUUGAAAAAGGGAGCCCGAUUGAAAUUCGAUGAACUGUCAGAUUUCUGCGACACACGUCGUCAACUUUAUUGAACGACAGUUUUUGCAGCUGGAGGAGGGAAAUUGA